AUGUCUAGAUUGAGAGGACUAGGUUAUGAUGGAGCAAGUAAUAUGCAAGGUAAGUUUAAUGGUCUGAAAACACUCAUUUUGAAGGAGAGUCCAUGUGCCUUUUACAUUCACUGUUUUGCUCAUCAACUCCAACUUGCGCUUGUGGCUGUGGCAAAGAAGAACAUCCCUAUUACUAACUUCUUUCGUGUGGUUGGGAACGUGAUAAAUGCUGUUGGAGCAUCUUCCAAACAUAUACUUGCAAUGAUUGUCGAAGAUGAAUCUUGUUCUUGUGAUCAAAGAUCUGAUGCAACAAAUUUAUUGGAGUUGAUACAAAGAUUUGAUUUUGCAUUUAAUCUACAGUUGAUAAGAAAAAAGUUUAUUAGACUUGCUGAACUUUAUCCAUUAGAUUUCUCUGCAGUAGAUGACAUUGUAUCUAGCGAUCAAUUUGAGACUUAUAUUUUUGACAUGCACUCUAACAAAGAGUUUGAAGAGUUGAAUGGCCUUGGUGAUCUUGUGGAGAAGUUAGUUUUGACAAAGAAAGAUAAGGUAUAUCCAUUGGUUUACAGACUUUUGAUUUUAGCAUUGAUUUUACCGAUUGCUACCACUACUGUGGAGAGAGUUUUUUCUGCAAUGAGCAUCGUAAAGAAUAGAUUGCGCAAUCGGAUGACUUCUAACUUAAAAGCAGAAGAAUCUGCAAAUCGCAUGACCAAAAGAUCUGCAAAGGCGCAUCAUCUUCCUGUAUCUGCUCAAUCAUGCCACACAUCCAGGCUCAAAUUCGACUCGAAUCCAGAUGAGACACGUGUCAAUGAGUGA